UUUCAUAAUUUAAAAGACGACGUCGUCAUACAAAUGCAAGUCAAAGUGGUGUUGAAGGUGAAGAACGUACUAAGACACAAAAACCAAAAGAUGAUGAAACAAUAGUGAAAAAUGUUGUACGUAAUAUUGUUAAUAAAGUUGUUCGUCGUGUAGCACCAAGAAAUCGACGAGAUAGUCGACCAAAUAGAAAAGAUACAGCAGAGAAUAAUACGGAUGUUGAACAAUCCCAACCACGUAAUACUCGUCGUGGACGCCGUAAUCAACGUGGUAAUCGAACUGGUAAUGGUUACUUCAUAGAACAAGGUUAUUAUGAUCCAUAUGGUAUGUCACCUUAUUAUUAUGGAAUGUAUUACGGUUAUGGUAAUGGUAAUCAUGGAUUUAAUGGUCGUAAGGAGUUUAUUAAAGGUCGCGGUCGUGGUGGACGUGGUCGAGGUCGUUUUCGACAACGUGGAGGUGCUAAUAAAGAGAAUCAACCUCAAGAGAACAGUACUGAAGGAAAAGUAGAAGAAUCGAAGCCAACUGAUGAUAAAGUUCAAAGUAAACCAACAAUAACUGAACAAGUUAAUCAAUCAUCAACAAAUGAUAAUUCAAGACAAGAAUAA